AUGGGUUUUGGCAUAAAAUGGUGCAGCUGGAUAAGAAAGUGUGUGACCACAACAUCAGUUUCAGUGUUGGUUAAUGGUGUGCCUACAGAGGAAUUUUCAAUGUCAAGAGGUCUUAGACAGGGAUGUUCACUUUCCCCAUUAUUGUUUAAUUUUAUAGGAGAGCUACUUAAUCAAUUGCUUCUCAAGGCGGUAUCUUCGGGGUUGUUUAAUGGUUUGGUUGUCGGCAAAGAAGAAGGUUCUUACAUGCUAUCCCAUUUGCAAUUUGCAGACGAUCUUAUUAUUUUUUGUAAUGCCUCUAAGACGGAUAUUUUAAAUGUUAAGAGAGUUCUAAGGGUUUUUGAAAUUAUGUCCGGUCUACAGCUUAAUCUAAGCAAAAGUAAGUUAUUUGGCAUUAAUAUUACCGAUGAAGAGGUCAAGGAGUGGGCGAGGGAUCUUGGAUGUGCAGCUGGUACUUUCCUUUCUGAUUAUUUAGGGCUGCCGCUUGGAGCAAAAAGGAACUCUUCAGCUCUGUGGGAUCCGGUUGUGCUGAAAUUCUUUAAGAAACUGUCGGGUUGGAAGGCAAGAACUCUUUCUUUGGCAGGGAGACUAGUUUUAUUAAAAUCAGUAUUAUGUUCCUUGCCUACAUACUAUUUGUCUAUGUUUAAAAUUCCAGCAGCAGUGAAUACUAAGUUGCAAUCCAUCAUGGCCAAUUUUUUGUGGGGAGGAAGGGCAGAAUCUAAGAAAAUACACUGGGUCAACUGGAUAACAGUGUGUAAAUCAAGAAGUUGUGGUGGUUUGGGUGUGCCGAAUCUUAAUUUUAUGAAUAGGGCCUUAUUAGAAAAAUGGUUUUGGAAGUUUGCUAAUGACAGUGAAUCAAUUUGGAAGAGGUUGAUAAGUUCCAAAUAUAAUCAGGACAAUAAUCUGAUUUCUUUCUCUAAAAAAUAUCCUACAAAUGCUUCUUGGAUUUGGAAAUCGGUGGUUAAUAAUCAUUUUAAAGAGGAUGAGUUUGGUGCCAAGAUAAGUAGCAUGUUCCAAGUCAAAGUGGGUAAUGGGGAGAGAAUCAGGUUCUGGGUAGAUAUUUGGGCUCUUGAUCAUCCUUUGAAGACUGUUUUCCCGAGGAUAUAUGCUCUUUCAUUGAAUCAGUUUGGGAUAAUUAAGGAAUUUGGUGAGUUCAAUUCAUCGGGGUGGUCUUGGUAUGUCCAGUUGAGAAGAAACCUAUGUGAUUGGGAGUUAGAACAGUUUUCUAAUUUUCUAGCCAUCAUUCAUAAUUUCAGCCCAUCCCAAGAGUCAAGAGAUGGCCUGAUUUGGAGAGGGAAUGGGGAAGGAAGGUCUUUGGAUCACAUUGAGUUAUUUUUCAUGGCUAGGCUAAGGCUUGCUUCUUGGUUCUUAGCUAAGUUCAACGAGGUUACUAUUACUAAAGACUCCCAGAUAAGUGAUCCAUCUAUUGCAGAUUUCUGUUCUUCUUCCAGAAAUUCGGCUACUAAAAUUGUGUGUUGGAUUCCUCCUCCAAAGGGUUUUCUAAAACUGAAUGUAGAUGCAGCAGUUUGCAAUGAUUGGCGAAAGAGCGGUGUGGGUGGUUUACUAAGAGAUGAGGCUGGUAAGAUUAUGGGUUCUUUUAAAGAAUCUGCAGAUCCAGGCCCUCCAACUUUGCUGGAGCUUGUUGCCAUCAAGAGGGGUGUACUUAUCUUUGAGCAUAUUCUUCAGAGGUUUAAGAAUCGGUGGAUUGUUGAAUCUGAUAGCAAACUUGUUGUGGAUUGGGUUAAGAAUUUAGAUAGUUCUCCUGGUGUUUUCCUUCAUCUAGUCAAAGAUAUUGUUGCCAUGAUAAGAGUUUUGGAAGGAGCUAUCAGAUGGGUUGACAAAACGGCAAACAUAGAAGCUGAUAGCUUAGCUAAGGCUGGUAUUGGGUAG